AAAGCGUCUUUCGUAUGUUGGCCGCAAUUCGGCGUCAUCAAUGGGUUCCCUCUUUACAAUUCGUCGAGCUCGUAGCCAGUCAGAGUCGUUGGUGGGCGAAACGGAGUGGUGAAUAGGACAUAGUGAGGGAAAGAAGUGACACUAGUGACAGUGCUCGCCAGUACCGAUUUAAACUUGGUGACGCGCGUAUCGUUUGAGAAUUUCUCGAGUUUGAUUCAUAUAAAAAAAAAUAUCAUCUACAUAUGACUUACGGACUGCAUAAGAGACACGCAGAGGACGAUAUAUUGAUAGUACGACGAUCAAAGAUCGUGCUCAGCGCAUUUCGCUUUCACGUAAAUAAUCGUUUUGUGAAUACGUUCGCGACCAGGAUUCGUUACAUUUUGUACGGAAUGCACGAUCGCAAAUUAUUAAAUUCGAUUGCAAUCUCCGCGAAUGUUCAUAUAAUUAAUCGAUGAACAAACCGAAGAAGUGUGCGCGCGUGCGAAAUCUUUUGGACACAGUGUCCGAGAUUGUCAUCAGUGCCAAUUUUUCGAUUUUUAUGUUAUCGCAUAUACAUACUGCUAUUGACAGAGUGACGAGUGCUAAUAGCGACUGUUAUCUUAGAUAAUUAUCAGAGACCAAUUGACACUCGGCGUGCACCGAUUAUUCUUGACGUUAACCGUGCUAGAAAAGAGCGGCAAACUGUACGGCCACCGGGAAGAAGACAUGCUCACAAUGGAGAGCGACAUGAAGGGCGGCAAUCUGCACGGCCAGAUGCCUCCUCAUCAUCAAGUUCUUUCGCCAAUAGGCAAUCAUCAUACCGGAAUGUCUUACGGACCUCUAGUUCACAGUCCGUCGUUAUCGGGAAGUCCACCUAGCGCGGGUGGACUCGGCCUACAUCAUCAUCAGACGACUCAACAUAGCUUCCAUGCCUCUUCCAUGAACACCAUGCACGCUAACGCUGUCGCUGCAGCCGCAGCUCAGCAGCAACAGCAAAGUUUGCACGCAAUGGCCGCUCAGCAGAGCGCUCAGCAACAACAUGCUCAUCAUUCCCAGCAACAGCAACAGUCUCAAUCGCAACAUCAUCAACCAAACAGUCACAGCAACGCUAAUCCAAAUAAUCCGAGCAAUUCUUCCAACGCGAAGAACAACAACAUCGAUCGCGUUAAAAGACCGAUGAACGCUUUUAUGGUGUGGUCCCGCGGCCAGCGUCGCAAAAUGGCACAGGAAAAUCCCAAGAUGCAUAAUUCUGAGAUCUCGAAACGCUUGGGAGCCGAAUGGAAACUUUUGAGUGAAUCAGACAAACGUCCGUUCAUCGACGAAGCGAAGCGUCUCCGUGCCGUGCAUAUGAAGGAACAUCCAGAUUACAAGUAUAGACCCAGACGGAAGACCAAGACCUUGAUGAAAAAAGAGAAGUACGCAAUUGGCGGUGUUGGUAGCGGAGUUGGCGGAAUGUUAGGUGUUGAUCAAAGACAAGUAGGCAGCAACAGCGGACCGCAGCAAGCGCAAUUAUCACGUGAUGUCUAUCAAAUGCCGAACGGAUACAUGCCGAACGGCACGUAUACUAUGAUGCACGAUGUCGCAUAUCAACAGCAUGUCACAUACAGCGGUCACAUGGGAGCUACCGCCAAUUAUAGAUACGAUAUGCCCCAUCACCUUACAAGUGGCAGCAGCCCGAAUCCACUCGGUAAUAUCGGUUAUAUGAACGGUUAUGGAUAUGGCAAUACCACUGUGCCCGGAGGUGCGCCAUCACCUUAUCAUCAGGCCCAACCAGGUUCUCAAAUGUCAAGUCACAGUCCCAGCGGCAGUAGCAUAAAAUCGGAACCGACAAGUCCAGCCAGCGGUGGUAUUCAUACACCGACGCCGACGGGCGGGCCAGCCACAGCUGGUGCUACAGUAACUUCUGGGCAAGCUGUUAAAAGAGAAUAUAUGGGUCAGCAGCAAGCAAGUCAGGGAAACGAUCAAUUGAAUAAAAUGAUGUCGGUUUAUUUGCCACAAGGAGUGCAUGGAAUAGAACAAGCUAUCGUGCAACAACAACACGACGGAGUUUACCCUUCGCCAGGUCCGUCGCCUAACUCUUCUAUGGGAGCUAUACAGCAUCACUCGGCCCCCAUGCCAGCUAUGCACAUGAACUUAGUAGUUUAAAACACUUAUUCGUGGACACGAAAAAGUGUACGAAUAUGCCGAUAUCGGCAUGAAUGCUGUAAAGAAAGUAAAAAAGAAAGAAGAACAGAGAAAGAAAGACAUAACAAAGAGAGAGCGAGAGAAAGAGAGAAUACCAAGUAAAGGAAACACAGAAAUCAAAAGAACACAGAGAUGAUCCAGUUGGAACAUUUUUACGGAAGUACACGAAACAUGGAAAUAUAACGCUUCUUAUUGAAGGAUGUCUUCGUAUUCACACACACACACGUCGCAUGAAAAAUUCUCUCAAUCAUCAUCAUCCACACUGCAUAUUAUCAUCGAUCGCUCUGUCUUCAGUGUCGAUAGAAAUAUUCAUUCAAGGUCGACUUUAGGACGAAAUAUUAGCAAGUGCAAAGUGCACUUGCAAAAUUAAAAAAAAAAUUACCAAAGAACUGAAUUAUUCAGAAAAUAUAUUAAGUUUAUUCGCAUUCUGAUAUAGUAACAUCUCAACUUCACGUAUUCUAAUCAAUUUAGGGAAAAGUGGGGAAAUUGUGCGCACUUAAGCACGAAUCGUUGUAACUUUGCUAUUAUUAAACUUGAAACAUUUUCAACACAGCCUAUACUGUCUACUAUCAUUGUAUAUAAGUAAAUUUGAUUAAAGUUUAAACGCACUUUAAUACCAUUGAAAAUAGUUGAACAGUUCACAUUUUCACAAUUUCCCAACCCACACAGGGUUAUUGUGCGCAGUUAUUAAAAGUUGAAAAUAUAAAUGGAAAAUCUAAAAAGAAAAGCCUUACAUUAAGAAUCAAACACUUUUAAUGAUACAAAACAGAAUUAUAAUAAUAAAAUUGAUAAGAAACGAUAGGAAAAUAUUAUGAAAUUUGUAUGUUGGCCUGAGGCAUUAAAAAAUUAUUAUUAAAAAGAGCAAAUAUUUCAAGCGACACAUAUACGACAUUGUAGAAAAUCCAUUUUCAGUCUACGUUUAAUUGGUUGCUAAAGUAGUUACACAAAUAGUUCUUCAGAGUCUUUUCCAGUGCAGUUUUUUUGUGACUGCGCACUAUUAUUGUCCGAUUCGAGGUUUAAUAAAUAAAUUUCACUAAAAUAUAGGAUAUUUAUUGACUAAAAUAAUUAUGAAAUACAAUUUAUUUACAAGAAAAAAUGCUGUUUAAGAUUAUAUGUAUGUGGAACUAAACAAAUAAAAAUUAGAGGCUUUUACCGUCUUUUCUUCAGAUCACAGGAAAUAACAAAAAAAACACCAUUAACAAACAUUUAUUUCUCUACUGGUACACAAAGAAUUUGGCGCAAUCGGGGUAGUGUGACAUAGUUACAAGAACCAACUACUAAAGUGCAGUAUUAGACAAAGUUCAGAAUUAUGGCUGGUUAUUUAAAUAAUCCAGAGCGCACGACUACCCGCUGCGCACAAUUUCCCCACUUUUCCCUAAUUGCUAUAAAUUAUGAUUUGUUUAUUUUUCAUUUAUUCAUUAGCUCGAUCAACAAUUAAGAUGUUACUAUUCAAAACUAUAAUCUUAUUUUCUUCUAUUUUCUUCACGCGCUUAUAAAUUAUUUUUGCGCUCGUAGAUAGACGAUGAAAAAAAAAUGAACAAAUGUUAAUAUUGUGCCAAGAAAGGCGUUCAUGCUAUGUGAUAAGUUGAAAAUGAUCAUUAAAAAGAAAAAAAACAACGUUAAGAGAAAAACUAUUUCACUUUGCUUGCUUAUGAUGGAGAGUAGCUAAAUAAGUUUUUAAAACAUUGUUAUUAAGCAUAUGUACAUAGAUAUACAUAUAAUAUCAAAGAUGAAAUAUAAAUAUUACUGAAAAGUUAGCUUAACUUUUUUUGUCAUAUGUACAUAUUGUUUUUUAGCCAUGUCUUAUUUAUGUUCGCAUGGUAGACAUCUGCUAAGCAAUAAUAUCUGAAACGAAUCACAUGCAUAAUCAGCACAAUCAGUAAGAAAGUAAUAUUUAAUUGUUUUUUGGUUAUCACAUAAUAUACCCGAAAACAAUUUAACAAUAUUGAAAAUCGAAGAGCGUAAUAUUUCAAAUAACAUUCAAAAACUAUCUUCGAAUGUUAAUAUAACAUCGCGAAAGCGUCAAGCGUCAAAUAUCAAUAUUGAAAAUGUCAUAGAAUUUUGUAAACUUGACGAAAAUAAUUUAUAACUUUAUGUGCGAAACAACUCCGAUGUCACCGAUAAGAAAAGGUGUACGUAGUAUGUUGUAGAGGGAAUUUAGAUUAAAUAUUUAAGGAUUAAUAUUUUUAACGUAAUAUUUGAAUUUAGAUUUUUGAGUAUACAAUUAUCUAAGAUUGUACAGACAUAUCUGUAAAUAUUUGUGUGCAUGUAUAAAAUGUGCAAAAACUCAAUUGAUCAUCUCCAUUCGCCUCUCUACAUGAAAUGUGAAAAUGGAAUUUGAGUUUCCAGAGGCAUGGCUUUUCUUGUGAUCGAAAGAUGUCUUCUGCCGAGAGUAUUGCCUGAUAAUGCACGUAACUAGUAUGAAAGCAGUAAUGGCAUUUGUGUGUAAUACAUUAAUAAUUAUUUGUUUUGUUACACGAACAUUUUUAUUGGCAUAAUUAUUUUUCUGUAAGACGAAUUUUCUAUUACUUGAAAACAAUUCAAAAACUUCACAAUUUUUCGAGAAUUUUUUUAUCUAGAAAAUUUUCUCCAAAAAUCGAGCAUCGAGGUAUUUUUGUUUAAAAAUAAUCUUCAAAUUUCCUUUACUGUUGACGGAACUAAAUAAUGAAUUAAACCGUUGUUUUUUGGUGUUUUUUAAAUCUUCAAUUAGAUUUUUUAAAUCCAAUUUUGAUAUUUAAAAAUUCGAGUAAUUUUUCAAUUUGUUUACUGUAAUCAUACAUAUAAACACCUAAUGUUCACAUAAUUAUAUUUCUGUUAAUUAAUCUCUAAAUUUGGAAAUUUGAACAAAAAUCCCUGGAAAAGUAAACAGUUUUUAAAGAAUUGGUUUUCAAGGUCAAAUAAUUGAACAAUAGAAUUGAAUGAGAAUGACUGAUGAUCAGUUUGCUUUAUUUUUUUUUUUUUUUUUCGGUUUUGACAAACAAUUGAGAUUAGCAUUCUUCUAGAAAUAGUUUGCUUUUCGUUAUACAUGCAUACUACAAUUACAGAACAACAUCGGUACAUGCGUUAAUAUUCUUAACAUUAUUAUUAUUAGUUUUAGUUUAAUGAUUUUUUUAUUAGUCAUUAAGAGAGUUCAGAUUUUCUCUUCCGAACACACAAUUCUUUUUUCUCCAAUCUCGUAUCUUCCAUUAUCAUUAUUGCGUACUCUCACUUUCCCGACCAAAACAACAAUCAAUACCUCAUUACUUCCACUUUUACUAUUGCGAAAUACGAUACUAGUUAUUGUCUUAUUUAUCGCGCGCGCGCGCGAUUCUUUUUAUAUAUUUCUUGAUAGAAAACUUAUCACAUGACGUUCUAUUAUAUGUGCGACCGAGAUUUAUACGUCUUACUUGACAUAUGUAAAUGCCCUUGAAUAUUUGAGACGAUUUCAUACAAGCGAAUCAUCUUUUGUUUGUAGUGUAAAUUCUUUAUUGUAAAAUGCUCACACAAUGUUUCUUUUAUAAAGAAAUAUAAAGAAGUU